GAUGAUUCAUCUAAAGCCGUCUCGUUAAAAUCAGAGCAAAAGUUUUCCCGUUCGUUCGAUUUCGUCAACCUUUUCCUGCUAUUGCCAUCGCAUUGCGGCCUCAGUGAAAGUAGUGAAACCAAGUGGAAGUCGUCAAGCCAAUUGCAGUGAAGAAAGAGAAAAGAGUUUUAAACAAAUCACAGUUUUGCAGUGAAAAUGAGCGCGCGCAUUUGAGAGCGAUCGCGAGUGAGCAGAUCGUCACUCGAUCGGAAAGAAGAAAGAAAAGUGUGGUUCGGCGAGUGAGCUGGUUGGGAAAAUAUAAAGAAAGAAAAGCAAAGUGUUUGUGCUUGGGAAGGAAAAUUCCUUCUCUAAAAAGAAGAGAAAAAAAGUGAAGAAAAGAAGCUGAAGAAAUAUUGUUUACCUUCGACUUCAGAGAAGUUUGUGGUGCCGAGAAAUAAAUAAAGCAAUAAAAGCAAAAAAAGAUUCCCGCCGUCCUGAAGUUAUGCAACAACACAGUUCCGUCGUCGGAGAGGCAUAACCAACCAAAGUCACCCCAGUUCAGAGCGUCGGAAACGAUGCCAGCACGAUGUCGUCCCUGCGGAAGUCUGCAUCGUUCCGGUCCCGAAUUCCGGUGCGCCGGAGCAGAGUUUCCGCGCGGCGCUGCGUGAGUCCGCAGCCGUCGACGUCCACGUCCGUGACCAGCACCGGGUCGAUCUACCAGGGAGGGGGCGAUGGUGGCCACGGUCGCCCGCAGUGGUAUGACCGCCGGUACUCGUCCACGUCCAGCUUCUCCAGCAGCGACGAAAGCAACGACUCCGAGGCACCACUCAAGCUGCUGCUCAAGCACUCGGCGGAUGGUCAUCGGGACGGACAAACCCGGCAGCAGCUGCAGCUCCAGAACCACCGUCACCGGGAUCCGCUCCUGGCGGCCAGUUUGAGCGUUUCCACGGAUGCCAUCAGUCUGGACGGGCUGCUGGAUUGCGUGAGCAGUGGGAGCUUCUCCAGCCCGCCGUCGCCGUCGCGGUGCAAAGCUGGCAACACUGCCGGAGGUGCAUUCAACAUCUACCAAAACCAGGAUCAAACCCUCGCCGAUGACGACGACGACCCCACCUGCCCCAACAAUCCGCUCGGUUCCAGCUUCGAAUCGCUGGACCGGCUAAAUUACGCACUCGAAACGCUCAAAAUCACCGACACUUUCCACGCGGAACGGCAAGCCGUUAAUCAGCAUUAUGAAAAUCUCAUUAACGAAGCCGACGACGACCCAGACGGCGGCCUCAAAAGUGAUCCUGGGCUGGAACCCCUCGCAGAGGACGCCGAUGCCCGCAAGCAGCGCAAACUGAGCGAUUGGUACUACAUCAAGACCAGCCCGAAGAACCAGCCGGCAAGUCCGUGUGCCCAACGGCGGACGAUUGCCCCAAGUGGCAAUCCGCCGGCAACGGGCCGUGGCCAAGUGCCGUCGACAAAAGUUUUAAUUGCCAGUAAAUAUUCGACGCCACCCGAGCAGCAGCAGCACUUGGAAAAUAGCGAUAAAUUUCCCCCCUCGGCUGGAAUGGGUAGGGGUGAUGGUUGCGUGGAACCGGUCACGCAGGACAAGCGAUUUAACAUUGUAAAACAUGGCGGGUCAACGGCGACGACAGUGCUGGCGGUCGAUAACGGAUCUGUCCCCGGGCAGCAGCCGAGUUCCGCAGUGGAGCGAUUGCAAGCACCACCAAUAACCACAAGUGCAAGCUUCGAGCACAUCACACCGGAGAUUAUCGGGCCAGGCCAUCAGCAGCAGCAGCACCGGAAUCGAUUUUCCCCGUACCGCCAGCACAAACAAGUGCCACACCUGCCACAAAGGCCGACGCCGCCAGCGAGCGGAAAAUCAACGCAGAAUAUUUAUGAAAAUGUCCCACCGGCGGCCAUCGACGGUGGUGAUCGGUUUCCGCAGCCGUACGACGUCAUCAACCCGGACCCGGAACGGUACCGCUGCAAGCGGGCGGUCAAACGGCCACUGCCGAGAGUGCCACCACCGCCACAGGCCAUCGAGUAUGGGGAAGAGGAUGACGAUGAUGGCCACCGGAAGAGCUCGCUGACCAGGGUAAGUGUGUGGAUUUUAAUUUUGCAGCAGAGAACGCCACGACCAGCACGGGUCGCGAAGCUUGCUCAGGUUCAGCGGAAUGAUCACGUGCGUAUCGGGAGGCUCGGCGUCGCCGCAGCGAGGCCGGUUUCGUUCCCUUUCCCACGUGUCCCGAGACACGUUGCUCGACGUGACGCGCUCGGUAGACGUCAGCAGCACGCCAGUUCGUCGUCCACGUGCACCAGCACGGGUCUCGAGCGACGGUUCGCUCGUUCUGCAGCAGCCAACGGUAGAUGGCGCUUCUCCCGUGUCCGCAGACACACCGACUGGCCGAAAACACUGGUUUGGAUUCCACAAUCAAUCCCCGUUGCCGCACGGCGGUUUAACAGCGUGCAGAUCGGUUAA